UGAAAGCUGAGCCGUGAUUGGAAGAUGUUUGCAUUGCCUUCUGUGGCAACAAUAUAACUCUGCACAUAGAUAAUUCCAGCAUUUUAUCAGACUCAUUGAUAAGAGUGACAAUGAAUUCCUUGACUUGCCUCUGCCUGCUGGCUCUCUGUGGCUCUCUGGCCUCUUGCAAACCCACCUCUGAGAAGAAGGACAGGGUGCAUCACUCGGUUGACAUUGGCGAACGGGACCCCGAGGAUCAGAAAGGCUACCAGUUUGAUCAUGAGGCCUUCCUGGGAAAGGAAACAGCCAAAACCUUUGAUCAGCUCACACCAGAGGAGAGCAAAGAGAGACUGGGGAAAAUUGUUGACCGGAUUGACCAGGACAAAGAUGGCCUGGUAACCAAGGAGGAGUUAGUCACUUGGAUCAAGCGUGCACAGAUCAGGUACAUCGAUGAGAAUGUCAAUAAGAACUGGAAGGAAUACGACAGUAAUCGGGAUGGGAAGGUGUCAUGGGAGGAGUACAAGAACGCAACAUAUGGGUACUAUGAGGAUGAAGCCUUCAAUCAUGUGGAUGACAAGGAGGCCUACAAAAGGAUGUACAAGAGAGAUGAGCGUAGAUUCAAGAUGGCGGACAAAAAUGGCGACCUGAUUGCCACACGGGAGGAGUUCAGUGCAUUCCUUCACCCUGAGGAGUUUGACUACAUGAAGAGCAUUGUUGUGACGGAAACCAUUGAAGACAUUGACAAAGAUGGUGAUGGAAUGGUUGAUAUCAAAGAAUACAUCAGUGACAUGUAUACACCUGAAGAGGGUGAGCCCGAGCCUGAGUGGAUAAGGAAUGAAAAGGAGCAGUUCCGAGACUUCCGUGACACAAACAAGGACGGAAAGCUGGACCGCAAUGAGAUCGAGCAUUGGAUCCUUCCUGGAGACUAUGAUCACACCGAAGCAGAGGCCAAACAUCUCAUCCAUGAGUCUGAUAAAAACCAGGAUGAUAAAUUGACAAAGCAAGAGAUUUUAGACAACUGGAAUAUGUUUGUUGGCAGCCAAGUGACCAAUUAUGGGGAGGAUCUGACACGGAAACACGAUGAGCUGUGAUCCUUGAUGCACUAUUUCCCGUCAAUGAACCCAUCGGAAUUGGCACCAAUCCAAAGGAAUUGCAUUUUAAUUCUGCCUAACCCAAGACAUGACUAAUUUUGAAUUGUGAUCAAAAUUAUUAAUUGUAUUUAUUUAAUUGAUUCUUUAACCCUCCUCACGUGGGACUGAAUUUUCCAUCAAGUUAACCUUCCCACCCCUUGUUUUCCCAAAAAAGAUUGGAUCUUGACAUUCUGUUGGUGCAGAAGACCACACAAUGCCCAUCUGACUGCCCCAACAACUAGAAAGCCAUGUGAGCUCUCUGUAUUGGAUUAAAUCUGACACCUGUUAUUAAUUGGUAGGUUUGCAAGUGCAUUUAUCCCAGCAUGGUGUUUGAAUUCUAGAGGAAAAUGUCUUUUUUUUUUGUUUUGAGCAUCCCUUCGCCAGCAGGGAAAUAUUUUUCCAUUUUUGUUUUCUGUGGGAGGUGAAAUUUGCUCCAUCCUGUUCUAGUUUGACAUUAGCCAAUGUCUUUUUUUUAAAAUUGGGACUAACAGCCCACAAAAGGCCCUAUAACAAAAGCCGAAUCUUUCAAAGGAAGCAUACAACUUUUAAAUUGGAGUCACUUUGAGGGUGAUCUUAUUCUAUUGCAAGUGCUGAAGCCAAAGGUGAGCUUGAUGGAAAAUUCAUUUCUCACUGUAACCAACCUGAUCCCUGGCAGGGGAAGAGUGUUUUUAUCCCCAUGUUUAAUGAGUGGUGCUCCCAGCACCUAGCUAUUUACUCACUUAAUGCAGUACCUUUUUCUUUUCCUUGAUGGGAUAUCUUCUUGGAUUUAUUUGUUUUUUUGUGGGUGGGUGGGGGGGGAGGGUUUGGUGGGAGUAGUGAUGGGUGUACAAGGAAAGGGAAACCAUCCCAAAUAAUAGAUGGAAAUCUGUGGUGGGUGUGUGAGUGAGUAUGGUCACCAGCUUGAGCCUGGCUGGUGUUUGUCCUCUGUGGGGACCUGUGCCAUAUCAUGACACACCAGUUUCAAUAAGAGAUUGGGUGGGAGUGAAGGGGAGCAUUUGUUUUGGGUCCAGUUUUAUUUUGUCUGUUCUGUUUAAGAGGUGCUGAAUAUGAAAGUUUUUUUUUCCCCUUGUACCUGAGUCUUGUUCAGUUCCACCUGUUAUUCAGUUUGUUUAUCUGUGUGUACUAACAUUUGGACACCGUGAUUGAUUGGAGCCAUUUUUUUCCCCCCCUAAAGCUCCAUUCUUGUCCAGUAUCUCCUGUUGGAGGACAGGAAGCCUGUCAUUAAUAGAAGGUUGGUCUUUGUGGGAGUAAAUGGAUAAGAAGCAGGAAUUGCCCCAACUCUGUCUAAAAGGUGUGGCAUUGUUGCAAAGGAAAGCUUGUCCAUUACUGCCCUGAAUGUGUAGGUUCAAACGUUGGAUGUGUGAGAAGCUGCUGCGGGCUUUAAAAUUCCAAUUCCCAGUAAGAAGGAUCUGCACAUAUUUAAUAGUUCCUUUUAAAUAUCUGGAGAACUCUAAAGCCCAGAGGGCACACCUUGUAUUGGUGCCUUUUUCUUACCUCCAAACAGGAGUGUGUAGCUUGUUACAAACAAAUUCACUUUUUUUUACAUAUUGGGGAAAACCUGUGAACCUCACUCUGAUACGGAGCUGGGCCAGGAGUUACAGGAUCUGAGCAGACACUCAACAGGGAAGGGAGUUCUGUGCAAGUCAGGGUUGUUGUGUUUUUUUUUUUUGGAUCAUGCUGCACUCCUAAAGACUGUGCAGUCGAUUGCUGUUCUUGCCACUGCUGGUCUGAAUAGCAGACGAGAGCACUGCCUCAUUCCAUGGCAGUGAGAUACUCAACUGAUAGCCUGCUCUCCUCUGCACAUGCAGGUAGAGUGGGAUCUGUAAGGUGCCAUCAUGGAAUCUUUUUAAGAUGAGAAAUUAUCUUCCCUCCACCCUGGCAACAGGCUUUUGAGUGGGAUUAGGGAGAAAACUUACUCAGACAAGCUACAAUGUUAACUGAUUCAUUCACACCAUGUGGACCUCCGUAAGACUGCCAGGAGCUGUUGCAAUAUGUUACUGAAAAUGAAUUGCAUUUUUCCCUCAUGUCAUUUAUCCUUUAGAGAUUAUGCUGUUAGAAUUGUGCUGUGCUUUGAGAGGCUGUUCCUAAUGUCACCCUCAUUCUAACAUGAAGUCUCACUUCUGUGUCAGGAUGGCAAACUUUCAAAGGAAGAAAUCUUGAAGAAUUAUCACAGAUUCGUAGGGAGCACUGUGACAGAUUUUGGAGAUUUGAUGGUCCAACACGAUGAGUUUUAACCAGCACUGGGAUCA